CGGCGGCGGCAGCACUAGCGGCCGUGGCGGUGCAGGUACAAAAGUAAACGGGGAAGAGAAAGGGGCUUUGGGAGGACCAUCCCUGAUCCGCUGGGGGAGAAGCUGCUGCCUGUUACAGCCACCCCACGCCCCCACCCUGCCGCCCCCAUCGUCCCCGCCUGUGCCAAUCAUGCCAGCCGCCCAUGCCGAGCAAAGCCCGCGGAUCCGGGAAGUUUGGGCUUGCAACCUGGACGAGGAGAUGAAGAAAAUGCGCCCCGUUAUCCAGCAGUACAAUUACGUGGCUAUGGACACGGAGUUUCCAGGUGUGGUGGCCAGACCCGUGGGGGAAUUCCGAAGCUAUGCCGACUACCAGUACCAGCUUCUGAGGUGCAAUGUGGACUGGCUGAAGAUCAUCCAGCUGGGGCUGACCUUUAUGAAUGAGCAAGGAGAGUGCCCUCCGGGAACCUCCACGUGGCAGUUUAAUUUUAAGUUCAAUUUGAAGGAGGACAUGUACGCCCAGGACUCCAUCGAGCUGCUCACCAUGUCCGGCAUCCAGUUCAAGAAGCACGAGGAGGAGGGCAUCGAGGCACAGUACUUCGCAGAGCUCCUCAUGACCUCCGGGGUGGUCCUGUGCGAUGAGGUCAAGUGGCUGUCCUUUCACAGUGGCUACGACUUCGGUUACUUCAUCAAGAUCCUCACCAACUCGCCCCUGCCAGAAGAAGCCCACGACUUCUUCGAGAUCCUGAAACUCUUCUUCCCAGUCAUCUAUGACAUCAAGUACCUCAUGAAGAGCUGCAGAAACCUCAGGGGUGGACUGCAGGAAGUGGCCACUCAACUAGAGCUGGAGAGAAUUGGCGCUCAGCACCAGGCGGGGUCUGACUCCCUCCUCACAGGGAUGACCUUCUUCAAAAUGCGAGAAAUGUUCUUUGAAGACCACAUUGAUGAUGCCAAGUAUUCUGGUUACCUGUAUGGCCUUGGUUCUGGAGCCACCCAUGCCUAUAGCAACUCCUGGCGUAGGUCCCAUAACAUUGUCCAGAACAGCACCCAGAACAGCAUCCAGAACAGCUACCCUAACACUGGUCAGAGCAGUUUCCAGAACACUGUCCAGUGCAACUUCCCAAACGGCUACCUGAGCAGCUACCAAAGCAGCUUCCAGAACUACCACAACAGUUUCCAGAAUGGCUACCAAAACAGCUUUCUGAACAGCAUCCCGGAUAUCCAGAACAUCCAGUAUGUCCAGUAUGUCCAAUAUGGCAGAGAACCAGUAUGGAGAGGAGAUCAGCCAGCAUUCUUGAGCAUGCCAGAGAUGCCCCCCUUUGAGGUCGAGGACCAGCAGUUCUACACCUAUGGCGAGUGAGCCAGGCCGGCCGAGAUCCUGUCCUAGGAGAAGGUUGAGUUUUCCCUGAUGUUUGCCUGAAAGUUGAUCAUCCACCAGUUUACACAGCGUUCCCUUGUUUUGAACCCGUGGAGCAGAGUAUGUUCGUUCAUUGUGCUGCAAACUGUUGUCUAAGCUAAGCUAACCCAAGAAGAAAAAGAAGACCUUAGUGACUGCUUUUCCUGGUGUUUCAUCUUCUCAGCACCUCUAGUGUUUCUUGGUUUUGAAUUGGUAUAUGUAUUAGAUCUGUGACUGACUAAAUGUUUCAAUCCAGCUUUACACCCUUCAGCAAAGUCCCCUGUGACUGGCUUUUCACAAUCUGUCAGGGAGCUGGCAUCCAAGGAGUCAGCCUGAGGUUCUGGUGAUGGCAUCUUUCCUUUUAUCUCCUUUCUGCCUUUGUGUUCUACUAACACAUUUCUUCUUUCUCCCAACCCUCCCUGGCCCCAGCCCUCCCCCACUUCCCCCCACCCCCACCCCCUUAAACCAAUUUCAUUAUAGAAAGUCCAAAGAGAACAAAGUCACCUUAGGUAUAUUUUAUGCCCCAUUAAAUUAGAAGAAAUAAGACUGUGCUUUUGUAGUUGCUAGAAAGACAAAACUCAUUCUGAGGCUUGUUGUAAAACAACAGAAAGUCCCCCAAAUUCACUUGAAUGGUAUUAGUCAUCUGAGGACUAUAAUGAUUAUUUAUUUGUGUGUGUAUAUUUUUGCCACAUAUUUUCUACCUAAUGACAGAAAUAACUGUGAAUGCUUUCUUAGCCAAGCAGAGUAUGUGUGACCAGGUCAGAGCACGUGAAGGAAAACCCUGGUCAUUUGGUAAUGCAAUCCUGGUCAGAAAUGACUUGUAAGUUAUCUGCACUUCAAUUGGUAAUAUUCUCUGUUUGCCAGAUGCACUUGUUACCCUCGUCCUUUAAUAUUCUUUUCUUGUGAAGUUUGCCAGAGAGUUGACUUGGUGAGAAAUGUGGAUUGGGAGAAGCUCAGAGGAGGAAAAGAGUUCUUGGAGUUUGGGUGGUUCUGGAGAAAUGGCCUUGGGAAGCAAAGAGUGCUCCAACUCCCCCCCUUGAGGAGGUCCUGGGGUGGGAGAUGGCUGGUGGCUGGGGGUCAGGGGAGCUGGGAAAUGAGUGACAGUCCAACCACAGGCAGGUCUUGGUGAGGGCAAGAGAAAGGAAGGGGUGGGACAUGAGAAGGUGGUAUCCCUCUUACUGCCCAAUGCAUAUGGUGCCAUGAACACAGCAAGCAUCUGAGGAGUGUGUGAUUCUUCGAAUGUCUGGCUUCCUUCAAGGCUCAGGCCAAGGGGCCACCUUCUGCAGGAGGCCUUCCCCAGCUCCCUCAGCUGCUAGUGCCUUCCCCUCGCAUAUUGCCUUCCACCUACUCUGUCUAUAUCGUGUGUGUGUUUGUGUGUUUGUGUGUGUGUGUGCGCGCGCGCCGAGCUCAUUACGAGUUGUCUCCCCUAUUAGAAUGUGAGCUUCUUGAGAGCCCAGAUAGUGGGGUUUUUUGCCUUUCAUUGUACCCCAGCACUUAGCACCGUAAGGACUUAAUAAAUGUUUAUUUGAUUGA